UUAAAUGAUAGCUAUGAAUGUUUUUAUGAAUUGUCACAACGUCGUGUACUACGUUCGGUAGGAAAUUCGUUUAGACUUUAGUUGCCUCCAACGUCUGCAUUAGAUCGGUCAUUCUGAGCGCGGUAAUCUUGAUAAAGUACGAGAGAAUUAUAUGACGAGUAACGAUGUCUGGAGUAAUACAGCAAUUUCCGGUAGAGAAAGAGUACGAGAAGAAUCCUGACAUCAGCCCAGAGGACGUCAGGAAGCUGAGGGAGUGGAUGAAGACUCAGCCACAUCUACCGGAACAGCACUGGACAGAUUUGGAUCUUAUAAUUACUUACCACUGCUGCGACUGUAGUCCGGAGGUCACCAAGCAAGUGAUCGACCUGCACAUCACCGCCAGAACUCUGUUCACAAGCUUCUUCAAAGACAGAGUUAUUGAUCAAAAAAUUAUAGACACCCUGAAAGUUGCUUUGCUUACGCCAUUAUCCACACCUACUGUCCAUGGAUAUCGGGCGUUGUACUGUAGACUCUUAGAUGGAGACGCCAAAAAAUUCAACUUCACCGACAUCAUCAGGAGUGUCAUGCUCGUGUUUGACCUGUGGCAGUACGAAGAAGGGACCUGGCCAGGGUUUGUUAUAAUAAUAGACAUGAAUAUGGCAACCUUAAGCCACAUCGCCAAGUUAGAUCUGAUGACGAUACGUCAGACGCUCUACUUCCUUCAGGAAUGCAUGCUGGUCAAACUGAAAGAGGUACAUUUUUUGAACGCGCCGCCCUUCAUGGAUAAACUGAUGAUGGUGUUGAAGCCAUUCAUGAAGAAUUCAUUACUACGCAUUCUACAAAUACACGAAAUUAAUUCUCAAGUAAUUUAUAAAUACGUCCCGAAAGAGGCUUUCCCAAGGGACUGCGGAGGGUCCUACAAGGACUUUAAAACAUUGAGAGAUGAAACAAUCCGUCGCCUGGAGAGCAAUAGAGAAUUCUUUAAACAAGAAAACCUUCGCAGAGUCAAUGAAUCAUUGCGGCGUAAUGGUGAAACAAAAACUAUAGAAGACAUCUUUGGCAUUCAAGGCAGCUUCAAGAAACUUGACAUAGAUUAGAAAAACAAUGCAGAACUUUCUUUGGUGAUUUAUUAUUACAUAAAUUUAUGCAUCUUCAUAUCUUUUUGGAGCUUUAUAAACGUUUGUUACAUUACAUAUUUUGGUAUUAUUCUUACCGUAUCCCUUUCCUCCCUCGUUUUAUAAAUAUAUUGGGAAUUAUCACCACAACCGCCAAUGGAAAAUACUGACUGAUGCAUUGUGUGAUCUCCCACUAAACAUAUGAGACGAAACUAUUUCACUGAAUAUAUGAUAAUCAUUAGACACGCUUCAUGGAGCGUAAAAAUUGUUAAAAUAUGAAAAAUUCACAAUUAACACAUCACCUGAAGUGUGUGAGACAAUUUAUAUUUUGCUUUGUUGUAGUCCAUGGUACAGGCUAUUUUUUUCAAUAAGGGGGUAAUUUUGUACAAUUUUAUACAACAGUACAGAUAUAUAAAUCAAAAUAUUUAGGACGUACAUCAGAUCCAACUGUCCGGUGCAAGAUGAAGUUCCUCAUGACAAUCCUGUCUUUUAUGGCGAUAAUAUUUACGGCCAUGGGAGGCCUGGCUGUAGCUCCUGCAGCUCAUAUAAAGGGCGACCCGCAUAACGCUGCAUGUGGUCGCGGUCCACCACCUCCUCCCAGUCCACCACCUCCUACCAACAGCACCGGCUAAUUUCUGACAGAUUUCGAUGCCCGUUUCACACGAUCAUGGCUAUGUUGAAUAAAUUUACGUAUAAAUAUAA